AUGAAUUUAGGAAUAGAUUAAAUAAUACCUAAUUUGUACAGUACUAUUGGGAAUCCUACUUAAUCAAAUAUUUUAGAGGACUGUGUAUUGGAGUUUCAAAAAUAUUUGGAGAAAGUAAUUCCAAAUUAUUUAUAAGACUCCAAAGCAAAGAAAUUUGUAUUUAAAGACUAAAUGACAACUAAUGUCAUAAGUAUGCUAUUAUUAUAUUAAUCAUAGUUUCACUUUUAAAUUUGACCAACCAGUCAGAUUUUCUUAAACCUUAUGAAAAAUAAUAGACUACUACGACACUUAAUAAAUUAUAUAAAAUUGUAUAAGAAAUAUCAGAGCAUGAGAAAAUUCGAAUUUUGAUUAAUUAAACUAUAUUAAAUAUAGAAAGAGAUACCAAUAGAUUAUUAUAGGAUUUAUAAGAUUUAUUUUAAUUACUAUUCUCUUCGAAAUCUUGUGGUAAAAUGACACUAUUACAAUAAUUUGAUUAAUAUGUAAGAAAAUUACAAUAAUAUACAUUUUUUUGGGAAAAUCUAAUUUUAUUAGAAAAUUAGCAAGCAACCAUCAAAAUUUAAAAGGAUUAAUUUGCAAAGGAAACUGAUAUACUAAAUAAAAUAGAAUAAUGGAAAAUAUCUAUUAUUCAAGAAAGAAAUUAAAUCUCAUCAUCUAAACCAUCAUCACUAAUUUUAGAUCAAAAGAAAAUUAUAUAAACCUAAUCCAUAUAAUAAAAAAAUAUACUUAAAGCUUUAUAAUAAUAUUCUGGACUUGCUCUUUAGAAGAAUUAAUUAUAAUCAAUCUAAUUAUUUGAAGAUUUAGCAAAAUAAGGCAAUCCUUUAGCUAAAGCCAUAUUGGGUUAAUUAAUCUUGGAAGGUUAAAUUUGUGAAGGAAAUUAUGAGAAAGUAAUAAUAUAAAAGGUAUUUUAAUAGGCUUAUGAAUAUUUUUCAGAGAGUGCUGAUUAAAAUUGUCCUAUUGGUAUUUAUUUUAUGUCAAAACUAAUAUUAGUAAAAAUAUAUUUUUUAAUUAUAAUAAGGAAGGUAAAGUAUAAAAUAAAGUAUUUGGAGAAGCCUAAAAAUCAACCAGUAAAUUCGAUAUUACUAACAAUUCUAGAUGUGAUGAAUGUCAAUUUGCAAUUUCAAUGUUGAAAAUAGCUUCAGAAUCAGGACAUGUUGAAUCAAUGAUUUAUUUAGGAGAUUUGUAUUAUUAAGGAUACAAAUUAGAUGAUUGUAUAAAUACUUAAUAUUUGUAGUUACUUUGGAAAGUGAUUACUCAACAUCUGAAAUCUAUUUCAAAGAGGCUAACAAAUAAGAUAGUGUAGAAGCCAAAUAUAAACUAGCAAAAUUAUAUUAAAAGAUGUACAAAAUUUCCAUUUACAAAGUAAUUAUUCUUAAUAUUUUAUAGAAUAGAAUAUAAUUAGUAUAUCCAUUGUUAUUGGAAGCUAAAAAUAAUGAUUAUUUGCCUGCAUAUUAUGAUUUGGCUAAAAUAUUAAUUGAAGGUAUUAAAGAUGAAUUAUAGCCAAAUUAAAUUAUGGCAGAAUUGAUAUUAGAAUAAGGGGCAAUGAAGGGUAAUAUAGACUGCACUAGACUUAUUUUAGAAAGCAAAUAUAAUAAUUUAGUUAAUAAUUAAAUUAAUAUAUCAGAAUUUCUUUAAUUAUUGGAUUCUUUAGAUUAAAUUUAGAAUAAAGUUGAGAAUUUAACAUUUUAUUAUAGAGGGAAAAUAGCUUAAAUAGAUAACAAUGUUUAACUUGCUAUUUAAUUAUUUAAGUAUAUUUUUAGGUUUAUAUAAAUUAGUUUAGGAUCAAAUUUAGGUUGUUCGAAGUGUAAAUAAGAAUUAAGUUUAAAUUCGAAAAAAGAUUUAAUAAAAAAGAAGGAAUAAGAGAAAUAAGAAAUAUUUUAAGCUAAUCUUGGUUUUGUUUAAUUAGUAAAGUAAAGUGAUUGGAGAUUAAGAUUCAGAAAAUAAAGUAUAUUUUCAAAUCCAUUUAAUGCUUCAUAGAUAGAAAAUGAUCAAUCAACUGUGUAAAUAAAAAAUAAUUUAAUUUAUUAGAUAAGCUAGAAUGACAGCUAGUAUAAUAAAAACAAUAGAUAUAAAUGAUGCAGAAGAUAAGAGAAAAAGAGUAAUAUCUGAUUAUACAGGUUUUUCAAAGUAAUAAGUUUCAGAUUAAAGUAUAUUAUUAUCUAAUUUAAAACUUAAACCAAACGAUUAACAUUAAAUUAAUUCAAAUAAUUAAAUAUAAGAAUAAAAAUAGAGAAAAUCAUCAUAAUUUACAAAAAAGGAAAAACCUAAGUUUUUAAGACAUUUAUCUUAGCAUGCAAUUCAUUCAUAAUCUUAAAAUGUAUUAAAUAUUUAAAAUGAAUGA